AUGGAGAACGAUUGUAGCAAGUUCGUCCAGAAAUACCACAAGUGUCAAAUUCAUGGAGAUUGGAUAAAGGUUCCUCCGACAGAAUUGAAUGCUAUGACGUCACCUUGGCCAUUCGCCGCUUGGGGCAUGGAUGUCAUUGGACCAAUUGAGCCAGCUGCGUCUAACAAACACCGCUUCAUUCUGGUCGUCGUAGACUACUUCACCAACUGGGUAGAAGCGACAUCUUAUGCAUCAGUAACAAAGAAAGUAGUCGCAGAUUUUGUGCGCAACAACAUCAUAUGCCGAUUUGGUAUCCCAGAAUCAAUCAUAACAGAAAAUGGGGCUAUUCUGAAAAGCCACUUGAUGAAAGAAAUGUGUGCGCAGUUCCGAAUCAUUCAUCGAAAUUCAACCGCAUACCGGCCACAAAUGAAUGGGGCUGUGGAAACCGCCAAUAAAAACAUCAAGAAGAUCCUCAAAAAAAUGAUUGAUAACUACAAAGAUUGGCAUGAACAACUGCCAUAUGCAUUACUGGGGUAUCACACUACUGCCAGAACUUCAACUGGGGCCACUCCGUACCUGUUGGUGUAUGGCACUGAAGCAGUAAUACCAGUCGAAGUAGAAAUCCCUUCACUUCGGAUAAUACAAGAAGCUGAGUUGGACGAUGCGGAAUGGAUCCGCAAAAGGUAUGAACAACUGGCUCUGAUAGAUGAAAAGCGAAUUAUUGUCGUUUGCCAUAGUCAAUUGUACCAACAAAGAAUGGCGCGAUCUUUUAACAAGCAUGUGAGAACUAGGGUUUUUUAA